AUGUCUCACGGAUCAUCAUCAUCAAAGGAACACACUGGAAAGGCUUUCGCUAGAGAUUUUCUCUUGGGAGGUCUUGCUGGAGCCAUCGAUAAAACAGUAACAGCACCUAUUGAACGUGUAAAGUUAUUGAUUCAAACACAAGAUGCCAAUCCCAUGAUCCGUAGCGGACAAGUACCAAGAUAUACAGGCAUCAUUGAUUGCUUCAUCCGUGUUGCAAAGAAUGAAGGAUUGAUUGCUUUCUGGAGAGGAAACGGUACAAACGUGAUCAGAUAUUUCCCAACACAAGCCUUCAACUUUGCUUUCAAGGAUUCGAUAAAGAAGCUCUUCCCUGAUUAUUCAUCAAAGACCGACUUCUUUAAAUUCUUCUUGGUACAGAUGGCAGCAGGUGGUUUGGCAGGUGCUGGUUCAUUGUGUAUUGUUUAUCCAUUGGAUUAUGCUCGUACUCGUCUUGCUUCCGAUGUUGGUAAUCAUAGAGAUUUCAAGGGAUUGUGGGAUUGUUUGGUCAAGACUGCUAGAGGACCAAGCGGUUUCAUGGGUCUAUACAAUGGUUUUGGUGUUUCCGUUGCUGGUAUCAUUCCAUACAGAGGUGUCUAUUUCGGUUUGUAUGAUACUUUGAGAGAGAAGAAUCCAUAUCAUGGUGAUGCAGGUUUUAUGGGUGUUAUUACCAAGUUUGCUCUCGCUCAAGCAGUUUCGAUUGCUGCCGGUUAUGCAUCGUAUCCUUUCGAUACUGUUAGAAGACGUCUCAUGAUGCAAUCGGAGAAGCCAAAAGAUCAAUGGAUUUACAAAGGAACUGUCGAUUGUUUCGGAAAGAUUCUCAGGGAAGAGGGUAUGAAGGCCAUGUUCAAGGGUGCAGGUGCCAAUGCAGUCAGAACUGUUGGAUCUGCUCUUGUCUUGGUUUUGUAUGACCAAUUCCAAUUGUUGUUGCCUGUUUCUCACAAGUAA